GCGAAAUUGCAAUCGAAGCAAUACUGCCCGCCACAACAUCACGAUGAGUCUUUGGGUUGAUAAACAUCGUCCUAAUUCUCUUAACAAGCUUGACUUUCACAAGGAGCAAGCGGCCCAUUUAAAAAAGCUGGUAAACAGUGGGGAUUUCCCACACCUGAUUGUGUAUGGACCCUCUGGGGUGGGCAAGAAGACACGGAUCAUGUGCCUCCUGCGCGAGCUGUAUGGGUCAGGGGUUGAAAAGUUACGCAUAGAGCAACACAACUUCACCACACCCAGUAAAAAAAAGAUGGACAUAUCUACAAUCUCUAGUAACUACCACAUCGAGGUCAACCCAAGUGAUGUAGGAAACAAUGACAGAGUAGUCAUACAGGAGCUCAUUAAAACUGUAGCACAGACAAACCAGCUUGAGACUUCAUCACAGAAAAGCUUUAAAGUGGUCAUUCUGACAGAAGUUGACCGUCUCAGUGUGGACGCCCAACAUGCCCUGCGCAGAACUAUGGAGAAGUAUAUGGCUACCUGUCGCCUGAUUCUCUGUUGUAACUCUACCUCCAAGGUUAUCCCCGCCAUCCGCAGCAGGUGCCUAGGGGUCAGGGUGGCAGCUCCCUCGAUAGAACAGAUAGGUCAGAUCCUUCAGAGUGUUUGUAAGAAAGAGGGACUAAGCUUGCCGCUGGAGCUAGCUACAAAAAUUGCUAAAAAAAGUAACAGAAACCUGCGUCGUGCCCUGCUGAUGUGUGAGGCUUGCAGAGUUCAACAGUACCCUUUCCGACCUGACCAGGAAGUGACAGAGCCUGAUUGGGAACUGUAUCUGAAAGAGACGGCAAAUCUCAUUGUCGAGCAACAGUCACCAAAAAGAUUACUGGAGGUGCGGGCACGUCUGUAUGAACUGAUCACACACUGUAUACCAGCUGACGUUAUAAUGAGGGGCCUACUACAAGAGCUGGUGAAGAAUUGUGAUGGAGAACUUAAAUUGGAAGUAGUGCAAUCUGCAGCAUACUAUGAACACAGACUACAGACUGGGCAGAAGGCCAUCUACCAUCUAGAGGCAUUUGUGGCCAAGUUCAUGGCCAUCUACAAACGUUUCUUUGAGGAAGGCAUUGCGGACCUGUUCUGAUUUAACCUGUAAAUGACCAUAUGGAGACCAUUUUUGAGGAAGGCUUUGCAGGUGUGUUCUGAUGAAUAAUAUAUACUGCCUCCUGCAAAUGUUUCUUUCAGGAAGACAUUGCAUAUCAGUUCUGACAAGUGCUAUUCAUCACAGUUUCACAGACAAUAUCUGUUGAGUCAUUCAUGAUAACACAUACCUGUUACUGUGGUAACCAUUACGUGCCGCGUUUUGUUAGAAUGUGGUAUUUCAAUUAGGGUUUAUUGUGAGAUUGUUAACAAGUUUGUUAUUACAUCAUUUAAAUGCUACCUGUUGCAAUUAGUGAUGGUUUCCAGGACUACUGCCAUUGUUACAGGUUCUAGUGAGAGUUUACACCAACUCCACGUUUAAUUACCGCGGCAUUGUGAGGAUCGGCGAAUGAGGUGCAGAGUUUGGUCACCAUUAUGUUGAUACAAUUGGCCAUGGUGAAGGAUUGUUGACCAAAAAGCAGUGUUCUGUUGUUUUAUAUAUCUUUUGUAUUCAUUGUGCUACUGCUUUCUUCAGGACAAUGUGUUUUGAUGCAGUCAUUUAGUUGAUGACAAAGGGACUGGCUGUUAGAGACCUCGUUGUGUGAAUGAUACUUGUGGACAGUGCAUGUUAAACUGGGAUUCCAUGUCAUCUUAUGGAAUUAAGCAUCUAUUCAUGAAAUGUGCUAUUUGAAAUAUAAAUUAUUUCAAAAUUGAAUAUUAAAAAUGUAUAAAAUAAAUUUAAUAU